AUGGCGACCAGUACGGAGCGGCUCGUGCAGGAGCUGUCGGCUGAACGCGAGGCCAUGCAAAAGCGCACCUUUACGCGCUGGGCCAAUGCUUUCCUGCGCGAUUUUGACAUGGUGAUUGAGGAUCUGUAUACUGACCUUUCUGAUGGUGUCCUUCUUCUCAAGCUCCUCGAGGCCAUCUCGGGCACCGAGCUGCCCAAGCCGGCUCGAGGCCGCUUGCGCAUUUACAAGCUGGAAAAUUGCAACAAGGCCCUAAGCUUCCUCAAGGCCAAAAAAGUCAAACUGGAAAACAUUAGCGCAGAGAACAUUGUUGAUGGUGGCUCUACCCUCAUCCUCGGUCUCAUGUGGACACUCAUCCUUCGCUUUCAAAUCGCCGAGAUCCAGCUUGAGGGCGACGCCUUGAGUGCUAAAGAGGCUUUGCUAUAUUGGUGCCAGCGCUGUACCGAGGGAUACGAAGGUGUCGACAUUCGCAACUUCACGUCAUCUUGGAAAGAUGGCCUUGGCUUUGCGGCCAUUCUGCAUCAUUUUCGGCCCGACUUGAUACCCUAUGCUACACUCUCCAACGCCAAGCCUGUUAGCAACAUGAAGCUAGCCUUUGACGUCGCUGAGAAGGAGCUCAACAUUGCUUCGCUCCUCGAGCCCGAGGACGUUGUCCGCUGUAGCGAUGAAAAGUCCGUAAUGACAUACUUGGUGAGUUACUACAACUACUUUUCCAAAAUCAAAACGGCCGAGGUCGACAUUCGUCGCCUGGCCAAGGUCAUGGGGUUUUUAACUGAGAUUGAGCAGGAUGAGCGGGAAUACGAGCGCAUGGCCGCACACCUUCUUGAGUGGAUUAUCAGCACAACUGAGCGGCUGGACGUGCGCAACUUUCCAAACCGUUUGGCUGCGUUGAAGCAGCUACUUCACGACUUUAAGCAGUACCGCACUCACGAGAAACCCCAGUAUUUUCGCGAGCGUGGCGAGCUGGAGGCCCACCUUUUUGCCAUCCAGACCCGCCGUUUCUCCCAACGAAUGCCCAUGUACGUGGCUCCCGAGGGUCUACAGAUUUCAGAUGUCAACGAGGCUUGGGAAGCCCUGGAGCACGCCGAGCAUACUCGUGAGUUGGACCUUCGACAAGAGCUUAUGCGUCAGGAACGCUUAGCCCUACUGGCAAGCAAGUUUGCUAGCAAGGCCACACGACGUGAAGACUGGUUGCAAGAUAACAAUGUCAUUGUGGCCAACCAAGCUUUUCGCUUUGAUUUGGCUGCCGUUCGGGCCGAUCUCAAGCGACAUGAAGCCAUUGUCGCCGAUGUCACUGCGUAUGAAGCGCGCAUGACCUCCAUUCGCCAAAUUGCCGACGCACUGAUGCAAGCCGAUUAUUUUGACAGCGAGACAAUUGCCACGCGUGAACGUGCUAUCGCCGCAAGCUGGACCCAGCUUUUGGAAGCUCUCACGGCGCGCCGUGACAGAUUAGAGCGUGUCCGCCACAUAUCUCAGGUCUUGGCAGACGCACGUGCUCUGAUUGAGCGCCUUGAGGAAAUUAAUGCCAAACUGGGCACUGAUGACGUUGGUCGCCAUCUCUCCGAAUGCGAGGAGCUUCUCCGCUACUCCACGGUCGCGCAGGAUGAUCUGGAAGCCUGCGCUGGGGCCGUCGCCGCAGUAUCAGACCGCUUGCGUGCCGUCGAACACGAAGCCCCGGUCGAGGUGCGCGAUCAGCUGGGCCAGUUGGACAGUGCCCUACAAACCACUCGCGUUCGCGCUGCGAAACGCCGGGCCAUGCUCGAGGACGCCAUUGCGUUUCACCAGUUUGUUGUGGACAGCGACACUGUGGCCGCCUGGCUGGCCGAUGCGCAAAGCGCCGUUGCUCUAACCGAUCUGGGUCGAGACUUGACAGCCACCACCGUACUGCAGCGCAAACACCAGAAACUGAUAGCUGAUAUCAAAUCUUUUGAGAAGAGCGAUUUGCGACCUUUGCAGGCCUCACUAGCUAUUAUGGAAGAGCGCGGUCAUUUCGCGGCCGCAGAAGCCAGCGACAAGUGUCGUGGCAUUGUGGAGCGGGUGGAGUCGCUCAAAGCACAAGCCGCCCGGCGCAGGCGUGCCUUGGAAUCCAUGCUCGCCCAGCAUGGCCUUCGUAGCGAGGCAGAACAGUGCCUGGAAUGGCUGCGCGAUGCAGCUGAUGUUGUCGGGAUGGCCUUUGGCGAGACAUUGCUGGCCGUUGGCCGGGCCAAGAAUCGGCUACAAACCCAGCUCGAUGGUAUCAAUGCCUUUCAACUACGCGUCGAUGACCUUCAGAUGCUGGCCGAUGACAUGAUGGCGGGCGUGGCACCAGGCUCCGGCGAGGGUUCCACCACCGAUGAUUCAGCGACUUCGACGCAACGUAAAGUCAAGACGAUUGCGGGGCACACCACGGACGACGUCAAUCAGCUUAGUUUUGCCAAAGGUGACGUCUUGGACCUUGUCGACGAUUCACAUCCUGAAUGGUGGUCGGCUCGAAACGCGGCUGGUCAGCUUGGAUACGUUCCAGCUAGCUUUGUCAAGCUUGUCCGUGAGACGCCCAGACCUGCGGCCACGGGCAUGUCGGAGGCCGACCGCACACAAGUCAAAAACAUUGUCAACGGGGUUCGCUCUGAGUAUGAGCAGACUCGCAUCACGUGUGAGGCACGUCUGCGCGAAGCAUCGGCUCUCUACAGCGAUCUUCUGCACGAGGCCGAGAUGAAAGAGGUUGAAGACUGGCUGGCCCAGCGUGUGCAGAUGAUUCAGACUUAUGCCGACUCUCAGCAGGAUCGUGACCGCUUGGCAGCAUCCCGAGACAAAAUCAUUCACACGGUCGAGGACUUGACACAGCAUCUGCAGCGCUUGCAAGCUCAACAGCCUGGACAGCGCACGGCUCUGGUCGAGCGCCACCGCGCACUUUGUGAGCUGCUGGCUUCGACCAUGGCUGAGGCCGAGGAGCAACGCGCUGAUGUCGAGCAGCAGCUUGAGCUCCAGGGUCUCCUCGAUCGCAUGAGCGAUGCUAUGCUCUGGGUUCAGGAGAAGCAGCUUGAGGCUCAGUCGACUGACGAUGGUCACGAUGUCGAGCAUAACAUUGCUCUCAUUCGAAAACACGAGCAACUGGCUGCCGACGUCGAGGCGAUUGGUCACCAAGUCUCGCAGCUUCAAACGGAGACAGCACAAGAAGUACAAAUGCAUCCAACGCAGUCUCGGGCCUUGAAAGCCAGUCUAUCUCGCCUCUUGGAUGCGAUGGCAGUCCUUCGGACGGCAGUGGAGGCCCGUCAUCAGUUGCUCCAUGCGACUCGCGCGCGCCUUGUGGCGCUGCGCGAUGAAAACAAUCUAAUGGCCCAACUGCGGGAUAAAUUACUUGUGACGGAGCAGUUGCGUCAAGAGAGCGCGACCGAUGCCGAGAACACUGUCACCCACGCCCUUGAAGAUGCCGUGCGUGAAGUUGAAGGUCUGUCAGAUCCUGUGGACGAGCUACAGCAGCGUUUGAGUCAAUGUGGGGCCACAGAGGCCGCCGCCGAACUUGGUGCCUGUUAUGGGCAGCUUCAAGAGGCUACUCGCGUGGCCUUGCAAACCGCCCAGCAGCACGACCGUGCUCGUGCCGUGCGGGUGGAGCUCGACGACAUUGUCGCCUGGGCUGGGCAGCAUCUCCGCUCCGUUGCUGCUCACGAUCCAGUCGCCACGGCCCAGGCGGCUCAGGACCGAUUACGGCAGCUUGAGCAAAUCGAGACCCGCCUUGACUCCAAUGACAGCAAACUCGCGGAAUGUGCGGGCGUGGUUGCUGGCCUGCACCUCAUAGGUGAAGGCACGGCUGCCCACAAGAGUCUCCUUGAGGCUGAGAAACAUACCACACAGCUGCAAGCUUUAACUGCCGAACGACGCUCAGAGACGGCGCGUGCAUUGGCUGUUCUCCAGCUGCAGGAGGAGGCCGGUGAUGUUCUUAGUUGGAUCAAGGACAACCUAAUGGUGGCGUCCGAUGGUGCGGCGGCGGCGGAGGGCCCAGGGGGCAAUCUCCUCUCACGACGUGACCAGCAUCUGGUCUUCGCAGAACAAGUGGAUCUUGGAGCAGACAAUGUGGCCAGUUGGCUUGAGCGUGCGGCCGCCCUGGAUCCCAAGGAUGAAAUUGUAACACGGCUCGAAGCAGAGGUUGGGCAAGCUUGGACUGAGUUGGCCGAGCAGACAGCUGAGCGUGGCCAGCGACUUGAGGAAGCCGUUGACCAGAUUGAAUUUGGUGAGCUGGCAUUGGAUAUUCGGGCCUGGACAGGCCAGGCGCGCGAUCUUUUGAAUACAAUCGAUGGUGAAGAUGGAACUUCGCAGGGCUGGCGUACUGCGCUGCGCAAGUUGGAAAUCCUGGAAGGCGAGGCCGAGACGCAAGUGGACAAGUGCACUCAGCUUUGCGGUUUGGCAGACAAAUUUGCAGCGCAGGGGCACUUCCGAGGCUCGGCCUUGACGGCGCAAGCUCGUGAACUGCAAUCCACUGUCCAGGAACUGGCGCGUGCCGUGCAAGAAAAGCACAGCACUGCUCAGCGGCGCCUUGAAGUGGCUUUGUUUGGCGAUGAUGUAGUGCAGAUUGCCGCCGCAGUGCAGCCACUGGCACGCCCAACGACGCCGGCUGCGAUGCCUCAACAUCUCACCGAGGCUCGCAAACUGCAGCGGCUUCAUGUUGGCAUUGAAGCCAAGCUAGCCGACCUCUCCGUUCGCUUCGGUAGUCUGCAGGAGCGCCACCAGCGCCUGCUUCCCGAAGCAGAGGUUCAGGCCGAGGCGUUGGUGCAGGUGGAGCGAGACUUGGCGUUGGCCCAGGAGACUGCUUCUGCGCGUCGUGGUGCGCUAGCUCGAGCCUUUGAUGAGUUUACCGCUUUGGAAAGCGGCGAGUACUUGUUGGGCUUGAUUCGGGAGAAGAUUGACACGGUCGCUUGGUCGUCUGUUGGCGCAUCAGUACUAGAGGGAGCGCGUCUCCUCGCACAACACCAAAAUCUUUCCUUAGAAGUCGCGGCUCUUGAACAACAACUCGCAGACUUUCAACGUGCUGUGGCCGGUUUCCAGGCUGGUCCCGCGGCAACAUUGCAGCAGGAGCUGAACGUGGGCUUGCGCGACUUGAAGAAUCGCUGUGGCGAGCGAACUCAACUCUUGGAAGCAGCGCAUUUUGAGGCCGAGCUUCAGGAGCUCGAGGCCGAGUUUGAGCGCUGGAUCGUGGAGCAACUUGAGCUUUGUGGACCUUCAGCUGCCCAGCCAAGUGAAAGCCCCUCGGAAUGUCAACGUCUGGUCGAACGCCACGCCCAGGUUCAGAGCGAGGCAGCUGUGGUUGAGCGGACCUUGCUUGAUCAACUGCGGAGCAAAGGCUCUGUCGCGACGAACGUGCCCCCAGAUCAGCAAGCCGUUCGGGCUCAGCUUGUCAAGGCGGCGCAAAACCGAGUUAACGACCGCUUGGAGAUUUUGCAUGAGGCUCAAACGCAGCGUGCAGUCAUGCUACAGAUGGGCUUGCGCACCGCAGAGCACGCCGACGCGGUUCUUGAGCUAAUAGCAGAAGUAUCGCAGUUGGAUGACCAGUUCGAGCAAGUGCAACGUGAAUGUAGUCAGGGCUAUAGUGAUGCCUUGGCCCAGCGCUUGGAUACACUCGAGCGGCAUAUGGCUCGCAUACAGCCGCGUAAGGAGGACGUGGAGGUGCAGCGCGCCGAGUUGUCACAAUCUAUGGCGGUAGCGGAUUCCACUUUGGCUGCCACAACCAAGAGCGAUGCGUUUGUAGGGCCCUUGCAUGAGCGAAUGCUGGCAAGCUGGGCGCAACUCCUCGAGGCAGCAACACUGGCGGCGGACAUGGUCAGUCGCACGCACAUUCGCGAUCAACUGUACCAAAGCUAUGCCGACUUGCACGCCUGGCUAGUGGAGUUUCGGGAAAAGGUUGAACAGACUGUUGUUCCGACCUCACUGGGGGCUUUGGCCGCGGUCGAGGAUGACCUCGUGGCUCAGCGUGCCAACUACACUGUCAAAGCCGAAGAGCUCCAGCAGCUGGAGCCCGGCGUGGCUGAGUAUUGCACCCUCUAUCCGGAUGAUGAGGAUAUGGCAGCCGAGCAGAUGCGCGUACAGGAGGAGUUUGCUCAGGCACUGACUGCAUAUGAACAGAGGGUAGCUGACUGCGCCGCACAGGGGGAGAGCCUCAAGCUUAGCCAGCGGGCUGAGGGUACACUAGCAAAAAUGCGGCGUCUGGUGCUAGAGUUGCAACAGAUUUCGCGAGCCGAUGCCUUUCAAGAACUUGAGCAUCAGCGCGAGCAAGUGGAGGCCUGCGCAGGCUCUGCGGCCGUGCUCUUGCCCGCAGCCCGUGAGCUGGUCAGCGCUUGUCAAGGGGUACUGCCUGCGCUUGCACAAAAUCUCGAGGACACCGCACCAAUAGUCGAGGAGCUGUUGGGGGAAAAGCGGUCCGAAGUGGAGGCUACGCGCGUCUACUUGGCUUUCAAGGGGAAGGGGGACGACCUGGCGCUGUGGCUGCGGAAUGCCCAAGAGCGCGUCCGAGCCGCGGCGGCAGCACGCACUAGUGCCAAAGCUCUUGCAGCCGAGGCCCCCACACAUCGCACCCUCGAAAGUGAUGUCAUUGCACGCGGCGAAGACGUGGAGGCUUUGCAGAGCCAAUGCGAUGCACUCAUCGAAGAAGAGCACUUUGCCAGCGAAGAGCUGAGUUCGCUGGGUGCAGCGCUGCUCGAGUUGUGGGAGCAGGUCCUUGCAGAAAUGGACGCGCGCUCCGAGCUGAUUCAGAGCGCCGUAGUGGUUUGCAGCCUGCUCCACGAGUUACAGGAAUAUGGUGCACAAGUUGACCAGCGCAGUCAGGACAUGGAUGAGCUCAAGCCUCGUCAGCGGUUGAAUGAAACUGUCCGCGUGCACAAGAAGUUUCUUGAUUGGAAGCUGAGCCUAGACGCUGAUCAGACGCGCCUGACGGCCCUGGAGCAACGCGUUUCGCAGGCCAAGGCAGACGCGCGAGCACCUGAACACGCCAAGGCCUUGAGUCAGGAGGUUGAGGCCGUCAAAACCAAAUGGACCCGCUUUUGCAGCGAGUUGCGGGCUUUUGAGGCCCGUUUCGAGCGAGCCCUGGAGCUACAACGCUUUCUACAAGCUUGCUACGAUUUAGCUCGAUGGCUUGAUGGAAAGAGCACAGAGCCGUUUGAGCUCUCUUCCACACUCCGCCAGGAAGAUGUGCGGAAGCUGCUGAAGCAGCAUGAGACGCUGGCACGUGACUUUGAUGGCAUGGAGCCCCAGCAUGGUUCAUUGGGCAAAGAAGCUCGCCGGCUUGCACGCCUCUACGCGGAAGAUGCACGUGAUGUCGGAGCUGAACAUGCCAAGGUCGAUGAGCGUUGGACCACGGCUCGCGCAAGAUUGCAGCGGGCUUUGGCCGAUCUGCAAGUGGCAGCUGAGGUCACGCGCCUGCAAGACCAGUUGGAUGUUUUACGUAGCUGGUUUGAGGAUCGCACACGGGCAGUAAGCGGGCCACUUCCGACCUCGUCCGAUUUGGCUGCAGUUGAGAUUUUGUCCAAAGCUACCAAGCAGAUGCGGGUGGAAGUUGAAGGUCGUGCCACAAGCGUACAGAGCUUACAGCAGCAGGUCGCACGAAUUCGCACACGCGCAGCUGCGGCAGGUGAUCGCCUGCAAGGUCAGCUUGAAGAGCUGCUGAAUGUACAGCGCAGCGCAGUCAGUGCCAUAUCUGCCCGGCAAGAGGCAUUGCGGCACCUGACCGACUAUCUCGUCUUUCAGCGUGAUGUGCAGGGUGUGCGGGAUGAGCUGGCGGCGCUGCGCAGCCGACUGACCGAGUUUGCUAUUACCGACGACGCAGCAGCAGCGGCAACAACACUCAAAGGCUACGAGGAGCAACGUAAGCAGGGCGAUGCACUAUAUGGCAAAGCUCAAGCGAUUGAGGACUUUGGGACUCGUCUCAUCGGCGAUGGCCACGAGCGUCGCGCUGGCAUUGAGGCCUCGAUGACCGAAUUGCAUGCAGAUGUCGAGCAGUUACAGCAGGUGUCUGGACAGCAGCUGGAGAGCUUGCGGAAUGACUACUCAAUCCUGUUGCUGCAGCGGGACCUCACCGAAUUCCAGGGCAUGCUUCGGUUGCGAGAACAGGCUUUAGCUGAGAUGGAGGACAGCAUGGUUGUGUUGCGCGAUGGGCAAAAACACGAGACCUUCAUGUCCGAGCUCAUGGCCAGUGAAAGCGUUUUGACCGCGCUGUACGAGCGACUUGAGUCGCUCAACGCCUGUGCACGGCUAGAUGCGGCACGUUCACAGGCAUCCACGGUGCGCACCGAAUGGACGGCGCUGCAGACACGUGCCUUGGCCACGGGAGACCGCCUUCAAGACAUGAUCGAAUUUCGUCGCUUGGAGCGCCGGGCAACCGAGUUGCUACAGUGGUGCGAACGGGCCACGACGCAACUCUUAUCCACAGAUGUGGGGGCUGAUGCCAAGAGCACCAUUAAGCUUCAGAAGAAACAGGAAGACUUUUUGGGUCGCUUGGUAGCGCAUCACGAACGUGUACAAGCCUUGGAAGCUGCCGCUGCUGGCGCUUGUCAGCGGACGAAUGAUUAUCGCGGCAAGCUAACAGCUUUGAUGCAACAGGUCACGGACAGCGCAGCCCCUUUGCAAGAUUUGGCAGAACAGCGGGCCGUGCGUUUGAAUUAUGCUGAAGACUACCACACUUGGGCUGACGAGGUGGAAGCCGAGCUGAAGAACCUGGCGAGCAAGGAAGCCGUCUUGGCACAAGCCUUGGCCGUACCUGAUCUUUUAUCAGUACAAGAGAUGCAAGGUCGCGUCAAGGCAGUUCAAGAGGGGCUGGAGCAAGGCAACAUCGUGCACGAGGAGCGCGUGGCGCGGGGAACCACCUUUGCUAAUCUUGAGUUUGGACUCGAAAAUGAGGCAAGUGAUCGCUUAAGCCGGAGCAAAGGUGCGUGGGCGACUUGCGAGGCCCACUUGGUUGAGGCCCGUCGUGCACUUGAGGCGCAGGGCGCCCUCUAUGAGUACGAGGCACGGGCCGAAGAAUGCCUCAUCUGGAUUGCAGACAAGAGCAAGGAAGUGGAUGCAGGAGCAGCUUCUGAGGACGCCGAUAAUGUGGCCACGCUGCUUGAGCAGCAGCGCGAGGUCAAUGCGGAUGUUCAAGGAUACAGCAGCGUGGUGGAGCAACUCCGCACGGGUCUGGCAGCCAUGGCUGAACUUUCAAGCGAAGGUCAGGAAGCCUGUACAUGUCGGUUAGCGGAAGUGGAGGAGGCUUGGUCUGCGCUGCAGUCUGCUUGCCAAGCACAGGUCAUCAAUCUGGAGCGGCUCCUGGCAUUUCAGCGUUUUGCCGCGCAGUGUCGUCGCGUGGUGCAAAGCCUGCAGCGGACACUAACGACGUUAGAGAGCGGCAUCGCACUCGGCGAAGACACGGCGGGGGUGCGGUUGGCGUUGGAGCGCCUGAAUAAACUGCAGGAAGAGGUGCGGCGGACCGACGGUCAGCAGAGUAAACUGGCAGCUACGCAGGCAGAGCUCAUGGCUGCCGACCUUGCUCGAGCGGAUGCCAUUGGCCAAGCAUGGCAAGAGGUGGAGGAAGCUAGCACAGCAACGCGCACAAAGCUGACAGCCGAGCGUCAGCGGGCUGAGCAGUGGCAGCGAGUGUGCGCCUGGACCAACGACGCGCGGCGACUGGUGGAAUGGGCUGACAGUCGUCGGCGCUUGGUAGAUGUUGAGCUGGAUCUCGACAGUGGCGACAUGCGUGAAUUUGUGCGCUUCGGAAAAACGUGCAAGCGCGUGCAACAAGACGCACGCGCAAUCGAAUCACAGGUGCAGGAGACGGUUUCCGCAGCGCCCCUUGACCCUUCUGACUUGGCAGAGCCUGAGUGGGCAGAGCCCGUGGAGCACUUGCGCAAUACUCUGAGAUCAGCGCAUGAUCAGCUAUGUCAGCGCUUAGUUGAGCAGCAAGCAAAUGUCGAACAUGCCAAGCGGUAUCAACGAUGGCUGGAUUUGGGUCGACGCCUUCGCGAAUGGCUGCGAACUGUGGAUCAAACGGUGCAGGAGGAGCCUGUUGAGCGCGAUAUCAGUGGACUAGAGUUACAAGAGGCAAAAUUACGUGACCUCGUUGCAGCCAUGGCCAACAAGCGGGAGGAGCUUGCUGCGUUGCAAGCCGAGGCCGCGGCCCUGUGCGAGGUGGCCCCGAACUUGCUUGAGCAAGUGGAACAUCAUGAGCGCUCCUUGCAGGAAGCCUUUGGUGAUGCAGAUUCGGAGUUGAGCAAACGCCAUCGUCAGGUCGACGAGGCUCUAGACGAAACCCGCCUGUUGCAAAAAAUGACGGAAAACCAGCUCUUAAUGGAGCGCCAGCAGGCGCAAUUCAAUGCCAGUCUCGACUUUGAUAAUUUGGACGAUUUGGAUGCCAUCUUGGAGCAGCAAGAGGCCUUUGAGCGUUGGCUUGCUGCUCAAAAACAGCGCAUUGCUGACACUACCCGUCCGACUAAGGCCGAAGCACGUGAAGAGCAAGCGGCACAGGAGGCGAAGGCGGCGCAGGAGGCCAAGGCGGCACAGGAGGCGAAGGCGGCGCAGGAGGCCAAGGCGGCACAGGAGGCGAAGGCGGCGCAGGAGGCCAAGGCGGCGCAGGAGGCCAAGGCGGCGCAGGAGGCCAAGGCGGCACAGGAGGCCAAGGCGGCACAGGAGGCCAAGGCAGCACAGGAGGCCAAGGCAGCACAGGAGGCCAAGGCAGCACAGGAGGCCGAGGCGGCACAAGAGGCCGAGGCGGCACAGGCGGCACAGGAGGCCAACGUGGCAGAUCUACAGGAACACGUGCAAGUGGCACAAGCGGCGAAAGACGAAUCACGUGUCCCCGCUACUCCUCCGUCUUCGAGCUUUGCUGAUAGUUCAGCUGCCACAUCACUUUCAGCGGGAGCUGACGCUGCUGUCGCUGAUGCAGCGACGCGUGAUGGACCCGCUGCCAGUGCCAGUCUUAACAAACACAAUGCUCAGACCAGCGCGUCCCAAGCACCAUCAAAUGCAACAGCAGCAGUUACAACACGCUCAGCCUCAAGUCACUUUGAGGGCCAACUAACUCGCAAAGUGGAAUUCGAUGUCGGAGGAAAGCGACCCACGUUUCGCACUUGGAAAACGGUGGCGAUUGAGGUGGCCAGUGGCCACAUUCGUUGCACGGGGUUGCGUUUGUCAUUGGAGGGUGCAGUGUGCCAGGAGGCUGUGGACUAUGGCAAGCGCGAGUUUGUAUUUAAGCUGACGCUUCAAAACGGGGCCCAGUGGCUGCUUCAAGCGGCCGAUGCAACCGAGAUGCGUGCGUGGAUUGUUGCGAUUAAUGAAAACAUUCCAGGCAUGACACAGCUUAAGAACAGCUAUUGA